AAUUCGGAGCCAGCAGGAGCCAACGCGCCCCUUCUAAAAGUGAAGGGCUGGAGCGCGCGCACACUUCUCACCCGCCGGGUCUUCCUGGGGACCAGGCGGUGUGACCCGAUCCUCGCGGGCGGGAAGCUUGUCCUGGAGAAAGGGAAAUCCACUCAGCCUAAGAGUGAGUUGCACUCUUCUGGGCACCUGGCCGCGCGGAAACUCCAGCGAACUCUCCUGGAAAACAGACCAUGCCACCCGAGUCUCUUACCAACCUCUCCCAGCCCGCGGGCGGGAAUCGGAGCGGUCUCGUUCCCGGCAUGUCGGAAAGGGAUUUCCUACCCGCCCGGGACGGGAGCACUGCGGACUUGGUGAUCCGUUGUGUGAUCCCGUCCGUCUACCUGCUCAUCAUCACCGUGGGCUUGCUGGGCAACAUCAUGCUGGUGAAGAUCUUCAUCACCAACAGCGCCAUGCGGAGCGUCCCCAACAUCUUCAUCUCUAACCUGGCCGCUGGGGACGUGCUGCUGUUGCUCACCUGCGUCCCGGUGGACGCCUCGCGCUACUUCUUCGACGAGUGGGUGUUCGGGAAGGUGGGCUGCAAACUCAUCCCGGUGAUCCAGCUCACCUCCGUGGGGGUGUCCGUCUUCACUCUCACUGCCCUCAGCGCCGACAGGUACAGAGCCAUUGUAAACCCCAUGGAUAUCCAGACAUCAGGGGCAGUGCUGUGGACCUGCGUGAAGGCCGUGGGCAUCUGGGUGGUCUCCGUCCUGUUGGCUAUUCCCGAAGCCAUAUUUUCCCAAGUGGCACGCAUUGGCAGCUUGGAUAAUGGCAGCUUCACGGCGUGUAUACCCUACCCUCAGACGGAUGAACUACAUCCAAAGAUUCAUUCAGUGCUCAUCUUCUUGGUCUACUUCCUCAUACCACUUGUUAUCAUUAGCGUUUAUUAUUAUCACAUUGCAAAGACCUUAAUUAAAAGUGCACAUAAUCUUCCAGGAGAAUACAAUGAACAUACCAAAAAGCAGAUGGAAACACGGAAACGCCUGGCCAAAAUCGUGCUGGUCUUUGUGGGCUGCUUCAUCUUCUGUUGGUUUCCAAAUCACAUCCUUUACAUGUACAGGUCUUUCAACUAUAACCAGAUUGACCCAUCUCUAGGGCACAUGAUUGUCACCUUGGUUGCCCGGGUUCUGAGCUUCUGCAAUUCCUGUGUCAAUCCAUUUGCUCUUUAUCUGCUCAGUGAAAGCUUCAGGAGACAUUUCAAUAGUCAGCUCUGUUGUGGAAGGAAGUCCUAUGGAGAGAGAUCCACCAGCUACCUACUCAGCUCCUCUGCAGUGCGCAUGACGUCCCUGAAAAGCAAUGCUAAGAAUGUGGUGACCAAUUCUGCGUUACUAAAUGGGCACAGUGUGAAGCAGGAAAUGGCACUGUGAUUUUGUCCAUUCAACUCACUACCUGAAAAGAAGGUACUCUUGUAUUUCUGUUGAGUAGAAAGAACUGAGCAAUUAUUUUUCUUACUAAAUCUCACCUAAUUCAUUAAAUGAUUUCACAAAUUGACUCAGAAAAGGCAAAACAAACAUUGUUACCAUUUUUCUCUGAACCAGACUUUAAAUGACAUUAAAAAUGUAUGUAUUCCUCACAUUAAAAGUGAUUCAAAAAGCAA